GAGGCUGCUUUGGUCAUUGGUUUGUUAAAGGAAAGGACGCUCAGCAUCAUCUUCCUCCGAAAAGGAGGAGAAAACAGCUGUUUAGGGACUUCGCAGUGACCAAGUGCCUGUGCGUCUGGUUUUCUCUCCGGGGAGCAAGUUGCAAGAGAAAGACAGGCCGAGAAAAAAUUAAAAGCGCAAGGAGUGGAGAGAGGAGAGGUGAUUAGUCCGAAACCAUGUUUGGUAUGAUCAGAAAUUCCCUCUUCGGAAAUUCCGAGGAGACAGAUUAUAAAGUGCUCAGCAGCGAGACCAAGAACGGAGUUAGCUUUCAGGUGAGACGGUACGAUGCUGCAAAGUACGCUUCCAUCUCCUCUGAAGGAAGAACGUAUGAUCAAGUAAUCGGAGAGCUGGUGCGGAAACUGCUGAUGUACAUUGGCGGAAACAACGAGCAAGGUGAGGCCAUGGGAAUAGCCUUUCCCAUCAUCAUCACAGUGUACCCACGGAAUGAUGGCGUUUUCUCCCGACGUUUGGUGGUGGGCAUCCGAAUCCCCAACGCCUACCAGCGGGAGCCUCCAGUUCCCACUGACAGUGCCAUCAAGGUUGAGGAGCGGCCUGGCAUGACUGUAUAUGCUCUACAGUUUGCCGGCUUCGCAGGGGAGAGUGAGUAUCGGGCGGAGGCCUCCCGCCUGAUGCGCACCCUAGGCGAGACGACCCCCUUUCAGCGCAAGCAGUACUUCUGCUGCAGCUACGACCCACCGCUCAAGCCUUAUGGACGAAGAAAUGAAGUCUGGUUUCUACAGGAAGACCCAUGAGAAGACAAUCAGUUACAGCCAACAAUUAAUCCUCUAAAAAAAUAUCUUUCACAUCGUUAAGUUAGAUUAAAUAUUCAGGGAGCAGCAAUUCUUUUUGCUUUAAAUCAUACUUCUAGACUUAACAUUUAAAAAAAAAUCAAAAAGCAUUUAUUUUCAGUGGCCAAAGUUUUAAGAUCUUGUUUAUUGAAAAAUAAACUGUUAUUGGAAACUAAAAAUGCUUUGAGUUCUCAAGCAGGAAGUUGUGUAGAUAAUCUAUUUUCUUGAGAAUUGUAUUUGCCUUUACUGCUAAUAAGUCCCUGUUUAGCUCCCAUGUCAAUGAGCUACCACAUAUUCAGCUAAUAAAAAUAGAAAAAAGAAAGACUAAGAGUUAAAGUAAGAAAUGAUUGCAAAAUGAAAAGGCUCUAAAAUACAGUAAAGUUGAUCUAUGAAGUGGAAUGAUUAGAUUUGGACCUAAUGAAUCUCUGGUAGUGCAGCUGUGAGGAAACUUAAGUUUGUUUGUGCUAAGUUAGAUAUUCUAUGUUUAUCUUAAAAGGUAACUGUGUUCAGUGAAGACCUUUUGUUUUACUGCAUGAAAUACUCCAAUUUCUAUCUGAUAAAACUCUAAAAACUGUUCUGUGAAAAGUCUGUGGCUGUCAGGGUUCUGUGCUUAAAGUAGCUUUAAUUAAGGCUUGAAAAUAUUUUAUUGUGUAAUAAAUACAUUAUAAUAAACGCAUCAUUCAGUAAUA